GGAAAACGCCCAGCUGCUGAAGAUGGGCAAUAAGAAGAGAGUUUUGUUGCUCGGAUCUGGAUAUGUUUCUGGCCCUGUGCUUGAAUAUCUCACUAGAGAUUCCAAUGUUGACAUCACAGUUGCGUCUGUCAUGAAGGAACAACUUGAACAACUGACGAAAAAAUACAGCGGCGUUACUUCAAUUCAUAUGGAUGUCGUUAAGCAUGAGGACAAGCUGUCCUCUUUGGUGAAGAAACACGACCUUGUGAUCAGUCUGCUGCCUUAUUCAGUACACCCUUUGGUGGCUAAGAAAUGUAUUGACAACAAAGUGAACUUGGUAACAGCCAGCUACUUAACACCAGCUAUGAAAGAACUCCAGGAGAGUGUAGAGGCUGCUGGUAUUACAGUUAUCAGUGAAAUGGGUUUGGAUCCUGGUCUUGACCAUAUGUUGGCGAAGGAAUGUAUUGACAAAGCCAAAGAAGUUGGUGCUACGGUUGUAUCCUACACCUCUUUCUGCGGUGGCCUACCAGCUCCAGAGCACUCUGACAAUCCUCUGAGAUACAAGUUCAGCUGGAGCCCACAAGGAGUGUUGCUGAAUACAGUUCAGUCUGCUACAUAUUUAAAAAAUGGAGAGAUGAUCAAUAUUCCAGCUGGAGGGGCAUUGCUUGACUCUGUUACUCCGAUGGAUUUUUUCCCAGGAUUAAAUCUCGAAGGUUUUCCUAACAGAGACAGUACAAAAUAUGCUGAGCCAUAUGGUAUUCAGACAGCUCACACUUUGCUGAGAGGCACCUUAAGAUACAAAGGAUACUCCAAAACCAUGGGAGGCUUUGUAAAACUAGGAUUAAUUAACCCAGAUCCUUAUCCUUUGCUAAGUUCAACCUCGUCGCCUCUAACCUGGAAAGAGCUCAUGUGCAAACUGGUUGGAAUUAAGCCACCUGCUGAGUACCAUGUUCUUAAAGAAGCUGUAUUUAGCAAACUGGAAAAGGACAAAAGUCAGCUGGAGGCAGUGGAAUGGCUAGGUUUACUGGGAGAUGAACCAGUUCCAGCAGCAGAUUCCAUUGUGGGGGCUCUUGCAAAGCACAUGGAGAUGAAGCUGCCCUUUGGCACUGGAGAGAGAGAUAUGAUUGUUAUGAGAAAUGAAAUAGGUCUCAGGCAUCCUUCUGGUCAUUUGGAAGACAAAUUUAUCGAUCUGGUUGUCUAUGGUGACAACAAAGGAUAUUCUGCGAUGGCCAAGACAGUGGGAUACCCCACAGCUAUUGCUGCUAAGAUGGUUCUAGAUGGUGAAAUAGAUGCCAAGGGCAUGGUUCUACCACUGACAAAGAACGUUUAUGGACCAAUACUGGAACGUGUGCGGGCAGAAGGCAUCGUGUACAGCACCCGCAGCCUUAUCAAACAGUGA